AGUGAAGUCAGUCUAGUUCCUGGUGUGGGUCCUAGUUGAACUCGGUUCAUGCCUGCAACUUUAUUUGGGGAAAGACUAGGGCUUUCUUUAAAAACAAAACAAAACUGAAAACCACUGUUGUCCAUGAAAGAUGUAGAGAUCCUAGAGACUGGGAACUGAUCAAUAAGUUCUUCAUAUCAACCUGUUUUCCAAGGGUACAUCAAAAAGGGGAUCAUGGACAUCGAAGCAUAUUUUGAAAGAAUUGGUUAUAAGAACUCUAGGAACAAAUUGGACCUGGAAACGUUAACUGACAUUCUUCAGCACCAGAUCCGGGCCAUUCCCUUUGAGAACCUUAACAUCCACUGUGGGGAACCCAUGGAAUUGGGCUUGGAGGCCAUUUUUGAUCAACUUGUGAGGAAGAACCGGGGAGGGUGGUGUCUCCAGGUCAAUCACCUUCUGUACUGGGCUCUCACCACAAUGGGUUUUGAGACCACAAUGCUGGGAGGCUAUGUUUACAACACUCCAGCUGACAAAUACAGCAGUGCUAUGAUUCACCUCCUGCUGAAGGUGACGGUGGGCGGCAGGAACUACAUAGUUGAUGCUGGGUUUGGACGCUCUUACCAGCUAUGGCAGCCUCUGGAGUUAAUUUCUGGGAAGGAUCAGCCUCAGGUGCCGGGCAUCUUCCGCUUGACAGAAGAGGGAGGAACCUGGUACCUGGACCAAAUCAGAAGAGAGCAGUAUGUUCCAAACCAAGAAUUCCUUAAUUCUGACCUCCUGGAAAGGAAAAAGUACAGAAAGAUCUACUCCUUCACGCUUGAACCUCGAACAAUUGAAGAUUUUGAGUCUGUUAAUGAAUAUCUUCAGACGUCUGCCGCAUCUGUGUUUACAAGCAAGUCAUUCUGCUCCUUGCAAACCUCAAAUGGGGUUCACUGUUUAGUGGGCUUCACCCUCACCUUUAGAAAAUUCAAUUAUAAGGACAAUAUGGAUCUGGUGGAGUUUAAGACACUGAAUGAAGAAGAAAUAGAAGAAGAGCUGAAAAAUAUAUUUAAUAUUUCCUUGGAGAGAAAGCUUGUGCCCAAACAUGGUGAUAAAUUUUUUACCAUUUAGAGUAAGGAGUAGAAAUGGUCUUCAGUAUUAUUUCAGGUACUGAAACUUCUUACCAUAAAAACAUUCCAAUAAUUAUAAAAGUAGAGAGAAUAAAAGAAGAAACCCCUAUUUAUCACCAGUUUUACCAACUAUCAACUGGCAGCCUCUCUCUCAAAUUUCCUCAGUGACCCCACAUGAUAUUAAAGAAAAUCUUAGACAUCAAAUCAUUUUCAUCCUUAAAAAUGUUAGCACAUGUAGUUAGAAAACAUUUAAAAGAAACAGAACCACAUGUCUUUUCAAAAUUAACAAUAAUAAAGGUAUUUAAAAGGUUUUGUGGGAGAAAACAGUGAUUUCUGCUAGAAAGGCAUCUCUGCUGGUUGAAUGUUGAAUUCAUAAAAAAUGUUUACCCGUGGUUCAGUAAAUGGAAAAUUGAGGAAAUAGUUUUUAUUAAAUUCAACCAGGAUCUGUCCCAAUCUUUAAAAUCCCACAUAUAUAAUUUAGGAUUAGAAUUCAACAGAGAAGAAUGAGGCAUGAUAUUG